CGCAGUUCGUAACAUCCGGGGAUGGGACAAGGAUGAACGCCAAUUUCCAAGAUGGCGGCGGAGGGAGGAGGGAAGGAGAUGAACGAAAUUAAAACUCAGUUCACAACACGAGAAGGCGUCUACAAACUCCUCACUCACUCCGAAUAUAGCCGCCCAAACAGGGUGCCUUUUAAUUCCCAGGGUUCCAACCCCGUCAAGGUCUCCUUCGUCAAUGUAAACGACCAGUCCGGCAACGGCGAUAGGAUCUGUUUCAAUGUGGGCCGGGAACUGUACUUUUAUAUCUACAAAGGCGUGAGAAAGGCUGCUGAUCUUAGCAAGCCCAUAGACAAGAGGAUAUACAAAGGAACGCAGCCUACAUGUCACGAUUUUAACCCCCUCACAGCGACGGCAGAAAGUGUCUCCCUGCUAGUGGGCUUCUCAGCAGGCCAGGUGCAACUCAUAGACCCAAUCAAGAAGGAAACCAGCAAACUCUUCAAUGAGGAGAGACUUAUUGACAAGUCCAGAGUUACAUGUGUACGAUGGGUUCCUGGUUCAGAAAGCCUCUUUCUUGUGGCUCACUCCAGUGGCAGCAUGUACUUGUACAACGUCGAAAACACCUGUGGCACCACGGCACCCCAAUAUCAGCUCCUCAAGCAGGGAGAAAACUAUGCCGUGCAUACAUGCAAGAGCAAGACGGCCCGUAACCCGCUGCUGCGCUGGACGGUCGGUGAAGGGGCGCUCAAUGAGUUUGCUUUCUCCCCGGAUGGCAAGUUCCUGGCUUGUGCAAGCCAAGAUGGCUUCCUGCGAGUUUUCGGCUUUGAUGCUGCAGAGCUCCACGGAACGAUGAAGAGCUACUUUGGUGGCUUACUGUGCGUGUGCUGGAGCCCAGAUGGACGGUAUAUUGUGGCAGGAGGGGAGGACGACCUGGUGUCUGUGUGGUCGUUUCUGGACUGCAGAGUCAUUGCUCGGGGGCAUGGUCACAAAUCAUGGGUGAGUGUGGUGGCAUUCGACCACUGCACUACCAGUGUUGAGGGUGGUGACCCCCCUGCUGAGUUCAGUGGCAGUGAUGAGGACUUCCAUGAGCAGAUUCAUUUUGGAGCGGGCAGAGACAGAGCAAACAGCUCUCACUCCCGCCUUUCUAAGAGAAACUCUACAGACAGUCGACCUGUCAGUGUGACCUACAGAUUUGGCUCAGUGGGACAGGAUACUCAGCUGUGUCUGUGGGAUCUUACAGAAGACAUUCUCUUUCCUCACCUUCCAUUAUCACGAACUAGGACUCACACUAAUGUUGCCACAAACCCUCAAGGCACUGGACAAACUACAACUACAGUAUCCAUCACCACCAAUUCCAGUGGAACCAAUGGUAAAGACAGCGCAAGCAAUAGUAGCACUAGUGGCGACCCUGCAAACUCCCUCCCUGGCAGCCUGCCUCGGUCCAACAGCCUGCCUCACACUUCCAACCCAGCAGGGGGUAGCACCCCCAACAGCCACACAGGCAGCAGCAGUAACAGCAACAGCAGCAGCACCAAGGGCAACAGCAUCAUCGACAGCGCUUUCAUCACCACCAGCGUCAGCAAGUUUGCCACACUGUCUUUGCACGACUCGCGCAAGGAGCGCCAUGAGAAGGACCACAAGCGCAACCACAGCAUGGGCCACAUCAGCAGCAAGAGCAGCGAUAAGCUGAACCAGCUCAGCUCGUCACGGACGGCAAAAGCUGAGGCAGCUAAGACUCUGGGCACGACGUUGUGCCCACGCAUGGAGGAAGUACCACUGCUAGAACCGUUGGUGUGCAAGAAGAUCGCUCACGAAAGACUCACUGUGUUAAUCUUUCUGGAGGACUGUCUGGUAACAGCUUGUCAGGAGGGUUUCAUUUGCACAUGGGCAAGGCCUGGGAAAGUGGGAUUGCUAUCAUCUCAAAACAACCCAGCCAACUCUCCCAGUGGAACAGUGGUAUAGCCCCAGUGCUGAUGCUGCUAGCGGCUGCUCCGUGUAUCAGAGACGAGGAUGACUAAUGGUCUGAGACCGAGUCCCUGCAGCGCGUCUUCACAUGCUCUCACACACCACGUGACAUUCGGUGUCACCGUCAUCCUCAUGGCUGCAGCCACCCAGUCGUCGUCUUUGUGUUACUGCUCAUUUUAAGACAACAGAUUUUGGCCAAGCCAGGGUUAGAAACAAAACUCUUCUUCAUGCGGGUGCUAUUGGAAGAAAGAGGGCAAGCUUUAAAUAAUUCAGGAGGUAGGUGAGAGGGUUUGACUGGCUCAGUUAUGUGUUUGGUCAUAUCAAAUUGUGUCUAGUCUAAAGAAAAAAAAAACUAAAUAAACUAUUACCCAAUCUCUUGUGCCUGUAGAUCUUCAGAGACUAGACACAGUGUAGUGAUGAUACCUCAACCUAACCUUGCGUAUGGACUCAGUUCAACACCUUGUGUUCUCAUGUAUUCACUGAUAAAAGGGAUAAAGAUGAGGGAUUGUUCUGGAGCAGCAGCAUCUCCCCAACACCAAGUCUUUCUUCUCGUUCCCAUCUCAUGUGCAACCACAUGCAGACAAGAUUAAAAGUCCUCAAUCGUUGGCUCAAGAGAAGCUUCACUUAGAAAUGUUAGGAUCUGAGGUAUCACACUUGAAUUUUGCACAUAUUUUUUUUCCUAUUUUUUUUUUUUUUUUUCUCCCCCUUUUAAAUUCAUGGCGGCGCAAAAGAAGUAAAAGAUUUUGACGUCAGCUUUGGAAGCACUUGCUGGGGGGAACGGCUCGUUCUUGCUCUCGGUCUCUACGCUGGAUGCUGCAGUCAUAGUUUUUUAUAUGAAAAUUGUUUGCACUUAAAAAAAAGUUUGGGGAGAAUGGCUUUACAUUUUUGGAGUGUGUCAGGAGUCCUUGACAAGGUGUGUGUGUGUGUGUGUAUAAAAUAGAGAAAAAAAACCUUUGUAUCUAUUGAACAUUUAUUUUAAUAUUGUUUCUGAUUAAAUGGGCUCUGUAAUAUAUGUAAAUAUUGUACUUUGAUGAUUUAAGGGUGAAAUUAUUACAUUAUGACAUUAGUUCAAAGAUUUUCAUUUCAGAAAAUAGUGAUAUUUCUAAUACAGAAAGUCAAAUAUUAAAAUGAAUCUUGAAUAUGCAGAUGAUCAUGUUUCUUUCUCCUGUAUAUAAAGAGAAUUCAGGUGUAUUUUUAUUAAUGAAACAUUUGGUAUAGAAAUGUCGGGAUCCUCUUAUCUAACAGAUAGUGCUGAAUGCAAGCCAGCCUGUCUAUGCAGGUUCCAGGCACAGAUGCAGCCAUCACUCCAAGCUCAGGUAAACCACAGGAAGACUAACGCAGGCAGAAUAUCCCCCCACUCAGCCCACGUAGGCUUUUACCCAAUCCUGCAACAUGCUUAUAAAUUCACACAAACACGUCUUACAAAUGUGUUCUUCAGGCAGGGCUGAAAUCUCUCAAUUCCUGUUAUUGCGAGUUAAGAUUCCUGAACCUGUGAACAAACUUGACACUGUGUUGAUUUCUAACUGACUGAAUGUCGGCACUAGAUGGCGCUGUGGGUGCUUGAGAUGAGGGUGUUUAUCAAGCACCCACACAGGACUGAGGAGGGUUUUUUUUCCUUCAUGUGACACCUAUUAAAACACCUUUGACAGAAACGUG